AAUUAGACAUCACCAAGAGCUCUCCGUGACUCCUUACACGGCCUUGCUUGUCUGGAGAGUAGCUCUUGGCCAAGACCUGGCAGUCACGAGCCAUGGACCGGUAUAGCCUUGGGGACGAGGACGCCCUUCCUCCAGAGGUGCACCUCCCUUCGUUUUCCGAGAGCCAGGGACUCAAUUGCAGCGACACCCUCGACCGGGAUCUGGGUCCCAGUGCACGAGACCUGCUCUAUGCCGGCCUGAGUGGUUUGGACCUGGACCCCAGCCUCCCAGCCCCUGACAUGCCCAGCGAGGCACUGGAGGACAACUUAGACACCCUGUCCCUGUACUCGGGGAAGGACAGUGACUCUGUGAAGCUGCUGGAGGAGUAUGCAGACCCAGAAUCUCAGGCGUCCCUACAAGACCUGGGGCCAGGCGCUCUUAAGGUGCCUAAAGAGGCUGACGAAGGAGGCAGGGCCGCCUCGGGGAGCGCGAGGAAAGGCAAGCGGCAGCACGCUUCCCCUCAGAACCCGCUUCUGGACUGCAGCCUCUGCGGGAAGGUGUUCAGCAGCGCCAGCUCCCUUAGCAAGCACUACCUGACGCACAGCCAGGAGAGGAAACACGUCUGCAAAAUCUGCGGCAAGGCCUUUAAGCGCCAGGACCACCUGACCGGGCACAUGCUCACCCACCAGAAGACCAAGCCGUUCGUGUGCAUCGAGCAGGGCUGCAGCAAGAGCUACUGUGACUACCGCUCGCUGCGGCGCCACUACGAGGUCCAGCACGGCCUGUGCAUCCUGAAGGAGCCCCCCCCGGAGGAGGAAGCCUGCGGGGACUCCCCUCACGCCUGCGAGGCCGCCGGCCGGCCGGCCCCCGGCGGCUCGCGAGCCCCCGGACCCCCCGAAGCCCGGUCCCCCGGCUCCCUCCUGCCCAACCGGGACCUCCUGCGCUGCAUCGUGAGCAGCAUCGUCCACCGGAAGGUCCCCUCUCCCGGCCCGGCGGGGCCUCCAGACGGCGGGGAGGAGAGGACCGCGGCCCGUCCCCGCGCGCCCUCCUCCGGGCCCUCCUCGUGCACCCCCGCCGGCAUGCCGGGGGCCCCCAGAAACCUGGGCACCGAGGUUCCCGAGGAGCCUCGUCCCCCACGGAAGGGGCCUGCCGCCGCCAUGUUCACGGCCAUCCACCGGAGAGCGGUGGAGAACGGGGGCACCGACCCGGCCGGGCCAGAGCCGCCUCUGCUCCAGCGCCCGCCCGCCCUGGAGGGCUGGCCCGAGGGCGGCCCGCGGCCGGCCCGCCUGCCUCUGUUCCGAGGCCAGACGGUCCCCGCCGGCUCCCAGCCGUCGAGCCACAACUUCCAGUGGCUGCGGAACCUGCCCGGCUGCCCCAAGAGCAAAAGGAACAACGUGUUUGUCGUCCACAAGCCCCCUUCGGUGCUGUCGCGGGAGGGCUGCGAGUCUGGCCCUGGGCCCAGCAGCACCUCCCCCGUGGGGGAGCCCUCGCCUGGCGUGGGCACCGGUCGGGAGGACGCGUCGUCGCCCUACCCUGCCACGUUCCUGAAGGCUCCCGGGGAGGCCUCGGGCGACCCCAGAUACGCUGGCGGGGAAGACGGCUCCUGGGGUUCCAAGAAAAGCAAGUUUGACCGUGACUCCUUCCUGUGGCAGAACCCCGGGGAGCCCGGCCUCCAGGAGGCCCAAAAGCCCAGCGGCCUCCCGUCGGACGCCACGCCGCUCUUCCGGCAGCUCUUCCUCAAGUCCCAGGAGUCCCUGGUGAGCCACGAGCAGAUGCAGGUGUUCCAGAUGAUUGCCAAGUCCCAGCGGAUCUUCUCACAGCUCCCCGGGCCCGAGGGCAAGCAGGCCGCCCUGAAGCCGCCACCGGGGCCCUGGCCACAGCAGCCCCCGCCGCCGGCAGCCCCUGUUGACUCUCUGCACGCUGGCCCCGGAAACCCGGAGCCAGAGGGGUCCCCAGCCCGCAGGAGGAAAGCCACGCCUGCGUUCCCCAGAGAGGCCUCCCCAGGCGGCACCAGGCGGGAGGCGAAGGGAGGCCUGAAAACCGCCGCUGCUCCGCCGUCCCUCCCAGCGUCGUCACUGGACCCUCCCAGGAACCCAGACAUCUCCUCUCUGGCCAAGCAGCUGAGAUCCACGAAAGGGACCUUGGACCUGGGGGACAUCAUCUCCCCGGGGGGCCCACGGCAGACCCAGUCAGGUGGGGAUGAGCCCCUCGGAGCCCCGCUCCCAGGGAAGCAGGCCCAGGCGGAGAAUGGCGCGGCUCCGGGGGCCGCGAAAGGUGAAAAGAGCCAGGCCUGCGCCCGGGGCGGGGGCUACAGGCUCUUCUCGGGCAACCCCAGGUCCCAGCGCUUCUCCGGCUUCCGGAAGGAGAAGCUGAAAAUGGAUAUGUGCUGUGCGGCUUCCCCGAGCCAGGUAGCCAUGGCCUCCUUCUCGUCAGCCGGACCUCUGGCAGACCCCCCCCAGGACUCGAAGUCCAAGCUGACAAUUUUCAACAGAAUCCAGGGUGGAAAUAUCUACCGGCUCCCCCAUCCGACGAAGGAGGAGAACGUGGCAGAUGGAUGUAGCCAGCAAAACGGGGGCCCUGCAGACUGGGCAGAGCCAAGGAGCACUUACGUCUGCAAGAACUGCAGCCAGACGUUUUAUACAGAGAAGGGGCUGGGCAGCCACAUGUGUUUCCACAGCGACCAGUGGCCGUCACCUCGAGGGCAGCGGGAGCAGCAGGAGUUUGGCGCGGAGUUUUGCCAACCACUGAGACAGGUGCCGAGGCCGGAGGGCGACGGGCAGAGUCCCCCAGGAGCCAAGAGGUCCCCGGACAGCCCCGCCGCGGCCCCUUUGGCGGUCCCUGCGUCGCCGCCCGCAGCUCCAGUGAACCGACCCGCCGGGAGCACCGCCAAGGGACAAGAGAAAGACGGGGGAGACAGAGACAUCAAGGAGAGCAGCCAACACAGGAAGCGGAAGAAGCGCCCCCAGCCCAAGGCCUUGUUCGUGCCUCCUCCACCCUCGUCGCCGUCGCCGUCGCCGUCGCCGGGAGAGCCGGGCCUGGGAGGAUGCCACCAGAGCUGCCUGCGGUCUCCGGUGUUCCUGGUGGACCGCCUCCUGAAGGGACUAUUCCAGUGCUCUCCGUAUACGCCGCCCCCAAUGCUCAGCCCCAUCCGGGAGGGCUCUGGGCUCUAUUUCAACACCCUCUGCUCCACCUCUGCUCACGCCGGGCCCGACAAACUCAUCAGCAGCAUGCUUGAUCAAGCGGAUGGCUCUUUUGGCAUCUGCAUGGUAAAGGAUGACGCCAAGAUCAGCAUUGAACCACACAUCAACAUAGGAAGCCGGUUUCAGGCUGAGAUCCCAGAGCUCCAGGAGAGGUCGCUGGCCGGAAUGGAUGAGCACGUAGCUUCUCUGGUCUGGAAGCCGUGGGGAGAUGUGAUGACCAACCCAGAAACGCAGGACAGAGUGACCGAGCUCUGCAACGUGGCCUGCUCCAGCGUGAUGCCGGGAGGGGGCACCAAUCUGGAGCUCGCCCUGCACUGCCUGCACGAAGCCCAGGGCAGCGUUCAGGUUGCCCUGGAGACCCUCUUACUCAGAGGACCCCAGAAGCCGCAGACUCACCCGCUGGCCGACUACCGCUAUACAGCUUCAGACAUCUGGACCCCCAUGGAGAAGAGGCUUUUCAAGAAGGCGUUCUGCACCCACAAGAAGGACUUUCACUUGAUCCACAAGACGAUUCAGACAAAGACUGUAGCCCAGUGUGUUGAGUACUAUUACAUCUGGAAAAAAAUGAUCAAGUUUGACUGUGGCCGAGCCCCAGGGCUGGAGAAGAGGGUCAAGAGAGAGCCAGAGGAGGCAGACAGGACAGAAGCAAAGGUCACUUGCAGCCCUCGGGAGAGACCCAGCCACCGCCCCACUCCCGAGUUCAAGAUAAAGACCAAGAGUUACAGGAGGGAGUCCAUUCUCAACUCUAGCCCAAACGCCGGCCCCAAGCGGACCCCCGAGCCGCCGGGGAGUGCGGAGGGCCGGGGCGUUUUCCCCUGCAGGGAGUGUGAGAGGGUGUUCGACAAAAUCAAGAGUCGAAACGCCCACAUGAAGCGACACCGGCUUCAGGACCACGUGGAGCCCGUCGUCCGGGUGAAGUGGCCUGUGAAGCCUUUCCAGCUGAAGGAGGACGAGGAGGAGGAGAUGGGGGCCGACAUCGGGCCCCUGCAGUGGUGACGCCUGGGUGGAGAGCUGGGGCGAGGCGGCGAGGCAGCCCCGCAGCCCUUCCCCUCGGCCUCUCCGGGGUGUCUGGGGCCCCCCCUCUGCCUCCUCCCCACCCUCACCGUCCCGCAGUGGCCAGCCCGGCUUGGAAACACGGUGGGCGUUUGGCCAUAAAUAGGCAGGAGAAGCACCCAGUCGCCAGACCGCGGUGACGUCCCCGUCGGCCGGUGCCAGAGGCUCCACGCUCUUUAGCUUGAUAGUGUCUCCCCUUCUUUCAGUUCUACUCUGUCCCGGAGCAGGGAGGUGUGGGGAGGGAGCGAGGCAGACCUGGGUAGCUCUUAAAUCUUAGCCUCAGUUUUGGGGUUUGGUUACAUUUGUUAGAUAAGGCCGAGAUGUAGAGAAUCAGUGGGAAGACACCUUCAGAUCUGUGGCCUGUUGGGGCCCCUCCCCAGGGGAGUCUCUCUGCUUUCCAGAUUCGGUCCCUAGUCUGGCAAGGACUUGUACAUGGUUAGGUUUUUUUUGUACGUGUCGACUUGUAAGUCUUAUUAAAUUGGGUUCUUGAGCGGCUGU